AUGCUAUCUGUUUCUUUUCUCUUGCCUUCCAGAUAUCAUAUUUCCGAAACCUGCAUCAAACACUUAUUCUUUCUUUCUUUGUUUCGUUCGUUUAAGCAACACUCAUUCUUUCUUUCUUUCUUUCUUUCUUUCUAUCUUUUAAGAAACACUCAUUCUUUCUCUCUUUCUUCUUUCUUUUCUUACACGUGUUUUAUUAUUUCCUUAACCACUUUCCUUUUUUUUUUGGAGAAUCUUUCUUUUUCAUUCAAGUACUAUCUUUCUUUCUUUCUUUCUUUCAUUGACGACUUUUCUUUUUCCUUUCUUUUGAGUGCUGCCCAAUUUUUCUUUAGUCAUUUCUUUUGGCUCACUUUCUUUUUUCCCCCUUUUUUUGAGCUCCGUUCAUAUAUUGUUUCUUCCAUUGUUUGUUUUUUUUUCUUUUCACCAAGUUUCGUUUUUCUGUUUCUGCACAUUUCUUUCUUUCUUUCAUUUGCUUUCAAACGCUAUUUUUCUUUGUUUUUUUUAACGCAUUCUUUUCAUUCUUUCUUUCUUUCUUUCUUCUUUUCUUUUCGACGUUCUUUCUUUAUUUCUUUAUUUCUUCCUUUCUUUCUUUCUUUCUUUUUUCUUUCUUUCUUUCUUUCUUUCUUUCUUUCUUUCUUUCUUUCUUUCUUUCUUUCUUACAUGUUUUUGCUUUCUUCUAUUCUUUCUUUAUUUAUUUUAACCAACUUUUUUUGUUCAUUUUUGGGCACCUUUCUUUCUUUCUUUCUUUCUUUCUUUCUUAUUUUCUUUCUUUCUUUCUUUCUUUCUUUAUGUCUUUCUUUCUUUCUUUCUUUAUUUAUUUUCCACUCAAACGAUAUUUUUCUUCCUUUCUUUCUUUAG